AAUUUAUCAAGCCUAUUUGAUUGUCAUGCUUCAUUAAUAAACCGUCAGUUUCUACCAUCAUUACUAUACAGUAUCCAUUAGCCUGUCAAAUAAAAUGCAAAUGUUAAGAACAACAAAUAAUGAAAUAUUUUCGAUUGUCUUUCAGGGCUUGCUUUCCAUGCUCAAACGUUUACGAUCGUCACCGGAAAAAGAACUUCGUAUUUUGUUGCUUGGCUUGGACAACGCCGGAAAGACAACGCUCAUGAAGAAGCUAGCCUCAGAAGACGUUUCACACAUAACACCCACUCAAGGUUUUAAUAUAAAAUCCGUACAAGCAGACGGUAUGAAGUUAAACGUAUGGGAUAUUGGGGGUCAAAGAAAGAUUCGACCUUAUUGGCGCAAUUAUUUUGAAUUCACCGACAUUUUAAUUUAUGUCGUGGAUAGCGCUGAUAGAAAACGCGUAGACGAAACGGGAUUUGAACUUAAUGAGUUAUUGAGCGAUGAUAAAUUAGCUGGCGUGCCUGUUUUGGUGUUUGCCAAUAAACAAGAUUUAGCUUUGGCAGCUAAAGCGUCUGAUAUAGCUCAAGAACUGAACUUGCAUCUGAUACGGGAUAGACCGUGGCAAAUUCAGGCCUGUUCGGGUAUCCGCGGUGAAGGAAUCAAAGAAGGACUAGAGUGGAUAAGCCAAAACGUGAAGAAGAAAUAAAUAAACAUUCAUAAAUAUUCAUAAACUAAAUAAUAGUAAAAUCGUUAUAUAUUUACAAUUAUGUAUAAUUAUUAGUUUAGAACUAUAACAUAAAUCGUUACCGUUAAAUUUUGUAUAUCUAAUCGACAUUUUUGGUAAACUUUUAAAAUAAAAACUGUGUUUUGCAUGAUACAUUUUAUACUUUUAUAAAAUUACUUUUCUACGCAAUUUGAAGGAUUAGAUCGCAUGAUAUCAAAAAAUGUGUUUACCACAAUUCCAUCGUUUCAAAAUAAUAACACUGCUUUUUAAAACGAAUUUCGCUGUUCAAAAAAUUUAAUAAAACUGUUAUACUUCGAUAAGAUGUUAACUCGUGUGUCGUACUAUUAAUUCGUUCAGUUGUAAAGGGCUUACUUGAUCAAUUAGCUAAUAGAAAAAAAAAAAGUAUAUGCAUCGUAGUACAACUGUAC